AGCAUUAUGAUAAAACCAAAAACGAUACAAUAGUAUACCUUACUAAAGAAUAGUAUCCUCAUUUCACCAUUUUCAGUAUCCCUUCUUUCAGCUCUCAUUAUGGCUAUUGCAGCAGCAGGUGUUAUCGUCCCUAUGGGCAUUGUAUUCUUCAUCUCUGGCCUCUUCAUCAAUCUCAUACAGGCUGCUUGCUUUGUCUUUAUAAGGCCAUUUUCGAAGAACAUAUACAGAAGAAUUAAUAGAAUUUUCGCAGAACUUUUAUGGCUGGAGCUUGUUUGGUUAGUUGAUUGGUGGGCUGGUGUAGAGAUUAAAUUGUACAUGGACCCAGAAACUUUUAGAUUAAUGGGUAAAGAACAUGCCUUGCUGAUAGCGAAUCACAGAAGUGACAUUGAUUGGCUUGUUGGAUGGGUCUUAGCUCAGCGAUCCGGUUGCCUUGGUAGUGCAUUAGCUGUUAUGAAGAAAUCUUCAAAAUUCCUUCCUGUACUUGGUUGGUCAAUGUGGUUUUCCGAGUACCUAUUCCUUGAAAGAAGCUGGGCCAAGGAUGAAAGCACGUUAAAGUCAGGUCUUCAACGGCUAUGGGAUUACCCUCAACCUUUCUGGCUGGCACUUUUCGUUGAAGGCACUCGUUUUACACAGGCAAAGCUUUUGGCUGCUCAAGAAUAUGCAGCCUCAGCAGGGCUACCUGUUCCGAAGAAUGUGUUAAUUCCUCGUACCAAGGGCUUUGUCGCAGCAGUAAGUCAUAUGCGCCCAUUUGUUCCAGCUAUUUAUGAUGUGACAUUAGCCAUCCCUAAAAAUUCGCCAGCCCCAACAAUGUUGCGAAUCUUCAAGGGUCAAUCUUCUGUGGUUCAUGUGCACAUCAAGCGCCAUGAGAUGAAGGAUCUACCAAAAAAUGAUGAAGCCAUUGCUCAAUGGUGUAGAGAUAUCUUUCUGGCCAAGGACAAGCUACUGGACAAACAUAUCGCUGAAGACACCUUCGGAGAACAACAGCUGCAGAAUGUUGGCCGCCCAGCGAAAUCCUUUGUGGUUAUUGCAUCGUGGGCAUGUGUCGUCUUAUUUGGUGCUAUAAAAUUCUUACAAUCUACAGCAUUACUGUCUUCAUGGAAGGGUAUUGCAAUUUCAGUUGCUCUAUUAGCUGUUGUUACACUUCUUAUGCAAAUCUUGAUCAGAUUUUCUCAGUCAGAACGCUCAACACCAGCCAAGCCAAAUAUUGUUAAUCAUCAUUAGGGAAAUGGACAACACUAGCAUGCACACAGAUUACACCUUCAAAGUAAUAGUCUUUAGUCUUAAAGAUUAUGGUUGCAUGUCCAUUUAAUAUCGCUUUUCGACAGGAUCGGCCUUGGUUCUAGUUUCUAUUAUCACAUUAUUUUGUUAUUGUUACUAUUUUUUCUUCUGAAUUUCCUUAUUAAUAGACAUGUUCUCUUC